AUGGAAAAAGAAACAGAGGCAACGGAUAAUGAACUGCAGUUCAUCAACGAUGAGUCGGAGAAGGUGCUGCAUGCUGAAGGAAAAGAAGAUGACUCAUCUGGGAGAAACAGUUACGUUAGUAUUGGAAGAAGCAGUUGUGGAAGCACAAUCACAAUUAGUGGCAAGCCUUUAGAAGCUGAAGAAAAUGAAAAUGGACCAGUUGCUUGCCUACUCCAGUGUUAUCUCUUUGGAUCAACAAUUGUAGUGCCGGAAACAACUACAGGAAAGAAAGAACAUAGAACAUCACUAGGGGAGUUGUUUCAGAAAACUAAAAUGGCAGAGGAAAAUAGUGGACUUAAAUGCAACAGGGUAGAAAAGCAGAAGGAGAAAGACACUGAUAAAUCUGCUGUCCACUUGAUGAAAAAGAUUCUAAGAGGAAGAAGAGUGUCUGGAGGAACGAUUGAUAAUGCUUCAGUUGAUAAGAAAGUGCACAAGAUCCUACAUCUGUUCCAUAGGAAAGUUCAUUCUGAAACUACAACAAAAUCUCAAAAUCAUUCCAAGUAUUUGAGGAACGGCACCUGUGUCAACGAGGAGGGACAUAAGAGAAGAAACCAAAUGCUGUCUGCGGAAGAUAUUAGUAUAUUUCCUGAGAAAAAGAUUUCUAAAAAGAGUGCAAGCAACACAAGUAGCAACAUGCCUCAGGGUCCAUGUGGUGCUAGUGAUUCUAAUGGAAGGAGAGGAUGUUGGAUCAAAUCAGAUGCAGACUAUCUGAUUCUAGAACUGUAG